AUGGCGUUAUUCCUAUCUUAUUACCACUACAUCAACAGUGCCAAAAACGCCCAAAAACACGAAGCAAUUAAGGAGGCAUGAAACUACAAUUGAAAGGCUUCUUCGUGAACGUACAAUCAGCCCGUCCUCGCAGAUGAAAGCAGCGUUAUCCUAUAUUGUAAAAGGAUGCGAAAUCGCCAUCAACCGGGCUGCUUUACUUGAGCAGGAAGUUGAUGAAUUACGAACUGGUUUGGAGAGGCAAAACGCUAAGAAUAAGAGGUCUCAUCGCCAAAUGGCUGGUCUAAAUGGUCUUACCGUUGACGAGGCCAAAAACGCGUUUAAAAGAGUUUGUGAAGCUGAUCAAGUUGGUGGAAGUCAGUUUGAAGAAUCAGCUGCCGGCGAGGAACAACCUCGCCGCCGGGCACCACCUCGCUGCAGCGAUUGUAAUACAAUUGGGCAUAUAAGAACAAGGUGUCCAACACGUCAAAACACCAAUUAAACAUGUUAUUUUGUUGGUAUAUGGUGUAUAUAAGCUUCAACUUUUCAUGGAAGGCUGUUAGGGUGGGCGUGGGUGCCGGUUCGCUUACACCGCCGGUUCGCU